AUGGAAUCUAAUAUUAAAAGAAACGGAAAUAUCUUACAUCAAGAUUUACAAGCAAAAUGUAUGAAGGACUUUACAAUCCCUUCUUUAAGAGAUGGACCUUUAACCGAAUCAUACACAUAUCAUUCACCGCUACCCUCUUUGUUGACAGCAAAUAAGAAUGAACCUUGUAUCUUAGGUAUUGAUGAAGCUGGAAGAGGCCCAGUUCUCGAUUCCAAAACUCUCAAAGAAAGUGAUCGUGAAACAUAUUUUAAAAUAAUACAAUCACAACAGGAUUGUAUUGCUUGGAGUGUUAGAGUAAUAUCACCUCAGGAUAUUUCUUGGAAUAUGUUGAAAAGGGAUAAAUAUAAUUUAAAUGCCCAGGCACAUGAUACCACCAUUCAAUUGAUACAAGAAAUAUUAGAUCGGGGAGUAAAUGUAAAUGAGAUCUACGUUGAUACAGUAGGUCCUCCCGAAUCUUAUCAAGUUAAACUUUCGAGAAUCUUCAAUGGAAUAAAUAUCACUGUGGCAAAAAAAGCAGAUAGCUUAUAUCCAAUAGUAAGCGCUGCAAGUAUUUGUGCAAAAGUUACACGCGAUCAUGUCCUAAAGAAUUGGAUUUUUGCUGAGAAAAAUUUAAAUUUAAAUAAUUCUUUUGGAUCAGGAUAUCCCUCAGAUCCGAAUACUGUUAAUUGGUUAAAAGAAAAUACGGAUGAUGUGUUUGGAUUUCCUCGAAUAAUAAGAUUCAGCUGGGCCACAUGCGAAACAAUACUAAAGAAAGAUACUUUUCCUGUGAUAUGGCCUGAAGAAGAAACCUCUUCUCAGGAUCCCAUAACCAGAUUCUUCACAAAAGAUGAAAAAGAAAAACCAUUCUCAAAGUUGUUGCAAGAGAUGAAAAUAAAUUAUGUGUCAGAAUUUUGA